AUGCUCGAAGAGAGUCUGCGACGGACAUGGUGGGAGCUGGUCUUCAGUGAAGGCAUACUAUCGGGUCUGUACCGACACCAGCGAUUCACACGCGCCACAUACUUCUCCGACGUCCUCCUACCCUGCGAGGAGACCGACUAUGAGAACCUCACCAUCCCGGACCCAUCCAACCUCGUGUCACUAACCCAAUUCGACAAGCGAAUCUUCAACCCCAACAGUGUCGAAUUCUCCUCGUACUCAUAUCGCAUCGAGGCCGUCCGCAUCUUCGUCAACGUGCUCACCCUCACGGAACCCGACUCCAACAUGCGCCCGUCGCAAGUCCACGCCUGGAGGAAUCGAGAUCUGAUCCCCUUGCCUCCAGAUCGCACAACCUGGUCCAGCUGGGACUUCCUCUAUCUAUGGAGCACCGUCUUCUUCACCACAUUCGGCUGGCAAAUCACUUCCUCGCUCCUGGGCCUUGGUUUGAAUGUCUGGCAAUCCAUUCUCUGCAACAUCAUUACGAAAUUCCUCCAGACGGCCGUGGUGUUCUGUGUUGCAUGGCCCGGUGGAGUCUGGCACAUUGGCUUCACGGUUAACUCUCGCUCCGUGUUUGGAAUGUGGGGAUCGUAUGUGCCAGUCAUUCUCCGUAUUUUCCUCUGCAUUAUUUGGUAUGGCGUCCAGGCAUUUACGGGCGGCCAGCUGGUGGCGAUUAUCCUGUCGACGAUCUUCUCCGGCUAUCAUCAUAUGGAGAACACACUGCCAGAGUCGGCGCAUAUGACCACCAAGCAGUUUGUAGGAUAUGUCAUCUUCAAUAUCAUCUCGCUCGGCCUCCUGUGGGUCCCCCCAGACAAGCUGAAGAAGCCCUUCAAGCUCAUCGCCGCUAUCAAUCUCCUCGUCAUUCUGGGACUCGCGAUCGGUCUCAUCGCCGGAGCCCGAGGUGGCUCCCUGGGUACCCUCCAAACAUCCCAGCGAACCGACAAUUUGGGAUGGACCUUCAUCCACGGUUUCGCCGUCGUGUUCUCCGGCAACGCAGUCGGAAUGGCGAGUCACAGCGAUUUCUCACGUUUCGCCCGACGACCAGGGGCCCAAGUCAAAGGACAGCUCUUCUCAUUCCUGAUCUCCGGAAACGUCGUGCCCAUCUUGGGAAUUUUCGGCACUGCAGCUGCCGCGAAAAUGUAUGGCGACGUGAACGAACUGGGUCUGUGGAAUCCGCCGAAUAUCCUGCAAAUGUGGCUGGACAACCAGUACCAUAAUAAGGCCAUGCGAGCCGCGGCGUUCUUCGUCGCCUUCGGCUUAACAUCCAGUAUCAUGGCCAUGAACUCCAUCGAGAACGGUGUUUCGGGCGGCAUGGACAUCGCCGGACUCUAUCCCCGGUACUUCAACAUCCGUCGUGGAUCGUAUCUGCUGGCUGCGAUCUCCGUGGUGAUCAACCCGUGGCAGAUUAUCGCCAAUGGAGCCAUUUUCACCAACACUCUGAACAGCUUCGGAGUCAUCCUCUUCCCCCUCAUGGGCACCAUGGUCGCCGACUACUACGUCGUCCGCAAGCAAAAGCUCAAGCUAUCCGACCUCUACCGCGCAGACGCAAGUAGCAUCUAUUGGUUCGAGGGCGGCUUCAACUGGCGUGCCUUCACGGCCUGGCUGGUCGGAUUCGCACCCAGUGUUCCUGGUCUCGCCGCAUUAAACCCCCAUAACACGGGAAUCCCGAUCGGCUUGACGUAUACAUUCUACCUGUGGCCCAUUGCGGGAUUCUUCGCGUCGUUCGUGCUUCAUGCUGGUCUGUGCUAUCUCAGUCCCCCGGCGGGUAUUGGGAAAGUGGAUGAGCAGGAAUUUCAUGACCCGAUGUAUAGUGAGCGGUCGGAUGAGAUGCAGAGCCAGACCAUCACCGCGAUGGAGAAGGGUCAACAUCGGUAG